AUGGCCAGACUUUUCAGUUUUAUCAGUCAUAGGUGUGUUACUAUCCAGGGGUGUCUCUAUCAUAGCGACAGAGACUUGGCGUUCUUAAAUGGACUCAGCUUUUGUAAGUGCAAUCUGCUGCCACUCUUGGAUAAUCUACUCUGCUUCAAUGUUGUCUGGAUCAGUGGGGCAUUCACGACUUUUAAUUGCAUGGCCAAAGGCGCUGCACGUUUUGCAAAGAGGAAUGCUUUUUUCAAUGUUAAACAAGACAGUCGUCGGAUUGAUGGCACUAGCCCAUGCAGCGAAUGUAAGAUCCACGAUCAUAUUCUUGUCAAAUUCGUGAGCAGUGAAAGUAUGCAAAGAUUUGUCCUUUUGAUGUGGUGCUGUGGCCUGGAAAUACUCUUCACUCUGUGGAUAACUGUCCUGAGUGACGCAAAGACAAACGUACCUGCCAUAUCUGUGGGUAUAUGUGGUAGAGUUACUUUUGCUACUAUCCGUUAUAUACAUUACCAUUUUGGCUCUAUAAAGAUUGCUGUCAUAUAUGCUCCUGCAACAGUAUCAAGACCCCGGGCCUUUUCCACUUCUAUUCUUCAAUUGACACAAUUUGGCCAACCUGCUCCUUCAUCUCGUUUCCUCUUCCUUAAACAUUUCAACUAUACUUACAGCUCUACUUCUUCAUACCCUUGUCAUACAUCUCUACCGUGGUUGCACCACGUUCAUGAAACCUUAAUUGAUUGUGUCACUGAUGAAGGUCUAGCCGGCCUCAAAUACGAGCCUUCCGUAGAUUACGACAAUCCUAUACGAGCUGAUUAUUUUCUUACUACGAUUACUCUAUCUUUCGGUACAGCUCAUACCGAAAGAGGUUUAUGGUGUGCUGACUCUCGACUGAAAAUACCCUCAUAUUUCCAAGAACGCUUCUCUGUGUCUUUACAGGGUAUCUUUCCCAGUUUGACUCAAUUACCUUACCCUUAA